AUGGUUCUGGCCCCAGUCCCGCGCAACGCCCCAGUCAGCUGGUCGUUUCCGCCAUACCUGUGCUUCUUAGAAAAGUUCUUUCAGGAGAACGCCUUUGACCACAGGGCCAUCAAGCAGUGGUCGGCACAUAAUGUCCUGCAGAAAGCCCCGCGUAAAGAAAAUUCUCCGUCUCUGAAGCACCGAUCAAAUGCGCAAGCGUCGAGUUUGUUGACGUCAGCAAAUAUCACGCAUGCGCGCAGUGCACAAAAGGCCGUGGAUGUUCGGUUACAGCUACAGAGUCACCAGCACGUUCACACUGGGGAGAAGCUGUUCACCUGCUCAGUCUGUGGGAAGGGAUUCACUUUUUCAUCUAGCCUAAUGGCUCACCAGCGAAUUCACACCAGGGAGCAGCCAUUCACCUGCUCGGACUGUGGGAAGAGAUUCACAUUGUCAUCUCAACUACUGACACAUCAGCGAGUUCACACUGGGGAGAAGCCGUUCACCUGCUCAGUCUGUGAGAAGAGAUUCACUGAUUCAUCCACCCUACAGAAACACCAUCGAGUUCACACUGGGGAGAAACCGUUCACCUGCCCAGUCUGUGGGAAGAAAUUCACUCAGUCAUCCAACCUACAGAUACACCAUCGAGUUCACACUGGCGAGAAGCCAUUCAUCUGCUCAGUCUGUGAGAAGAAAUUCACUCACUCUUCCACCCUACAGAGACACCAUCGAGUUCACACUGGGGAGAAGCCGUUCAUCUGCUCAGUCUGUGGGAUGAGUUUCACUGAUUCAUCUGCCCUACAGAGUCACCAGCGAGUUCACACUGGGGAGAAGCCAUUCACCUGCUCAUUCUGUGGGAAGGGAUUCACUCAGUCAUCCAACCUGCAGACUCAUCAGCGAGUUCACACUGGGGAGAAGCCAUUCACCUGCUCAGACUGUGGGAAGGGAUUCACUCACUCAUCCAACCUGCAGAGUCACCAGCGAGUUCACACUGGGGAGAAGCCGUUCACCUGCUCAGAAUGUGGGAAGGGAUUCACUCAGUCAUCUGACCUAAUGGCUCACCAGCGAGUUCACACUGGGGAGCAGCCGUUCACCUGCUCGGACUGUGGAAAGGGAUUCACUUUGUCAUCCACCCUACUGAGACACCAGCGAGUCCACACUGGGGAGAAGCCGUACACCUGCUCAGUCUGUGGGAAGGGAUUCACUCAGUCAUCCACCCUACAGAGUCACCAGCGAGUUCACACUGGGGAGAAGCCAUUCACCUGCUCAGAAUGUGGGAAGGGAUUCACUCAGUCAUCCAACCUGCAGAGUCAUCAGCGAGUUCACACUGGGGAGAAGCCAUUCACCUGCUCAGUCUGUGGGAAGAGAUUCACUGAUUCAUCCACCCGACAGAGUCACCAGCGAGUUCACACUGGGGAGAAGCCGUUCACCUGCUCAGUCUGUGGGAAGCGAUUCACUCACUCAUCCACCCUACAGAGACACCAACGAGUUCACACUGGGGAGAAGCCGUUCAGCUGCUCAGAAUGUGGGAAAGGAUUCACUCGGUCAUCCGAACUACUGGCACAUCAGUCAGUUCACAGUGGGGAGUGGCCAUUCACCUGCUCAGAAUGUGGGAAAGGAUUCACCCAUUCAUCCCACCUACAGAGACACCAGGGAGUUCACACUGGGGAGAAGCCGUUCACCUGCUCAGAAUGCGGUAAAGGAUUCACUCAAUCUUCCAAACUACUGGCACAUCAGUCAGUUCACACUGGGGAGUGGCCGUUGUUAAAGCUCUGCGCAACAAUGUUCACUGUCGCUGAAACACCGAUCGAAUACAGGCUGUUCCUGAAUAUCGCGCAUGCGCGCAGUACACAAAGGCCGCGAGAAAUCGGCACCAGCUUAAAAAACGACGAGGAAUCUGUCUGGGAAUUCAAACACAACACACCAGUUUUGCUGUCUAUGUCUAUGUAUUUAAGAAGUGGAGCAAGGGAUUCAAUCGACCAUCCUUCCUGCUCGGACUGUGGGGAGGGAUUCACUCGGUCGUUUGACCUAAUGGCUCACCAGCAAGUUCACACUGGGGAGAGGCCAUUCAUCUGCUCAGACUGUGGGAAGGGAUUCACUAAAUCAUCUCACCUACUAAGUCACCAGUCAGUUCACAAUGCAGUGAGGGAUUUCACCUGCUCAGUCUGUGGGAAAAGAUUCACUCAGUCAUCCAACCUACAGAGACACCAUCGAGUUCACACUGGGGAGAAGCCGUUCACCUGCUCAGACUGUGGAAAGGAAUUCACUCGAUCAUCCAACCUACAGAGUCACCAGCGAGUUCACGCUGGGGAGAAGCCGUUCACCUGCUCAGACUGUGGGAAGGGAUUCACACAGGCAUCUCACCUACUGAGACACCAGUCAGUUCACACAGGAGAGAGACCGUUCACCUGUUCAGACUGUGGGAAGACAUUCACUCAGUUAUCCAACCUACAGAGUCACCAACGAGUUCACACCGGGGAGAAGCCAUUCACCUGCUCAGACUGUGGGAAGGGAUUUGCUCAGUCAUCUACCCUAUUGGCACACCAGUCAGUUCACACUGGGGAGUGGCGAUUCACCUGCUCAGAAUGUGGGAAAGGAUUCACUCAGUCAUCUGAACUACUGGCACACCAGUCAGUUCACACUGGGGAGUGGCCAUUCAUCUGCUCAGAAUGUGGGAAAGGAUUCACUCGGUCAUCUGAUCUGCGGGCACAUCAGCGAGUUCACACUGGAGAGAGGCCAUUCACCUGCUCAGGCUGUGGGAAGACAUUCACUCAUGCAUCCAACCUACAAAGACACCAGCGAGUUCACACUGGGGAGAGGCUCUUCACUUGCUCAGUCUGUGGGAAGAGAUUCUCUCGGUCAUCCAACCUACAAAGACACCAGCGAGUUCACACUGGGGAGAGGCCGAUCACUUUGGGAAGAGAUUCUCUCAAUCAUCUCAUUUGUGGGGAAGGAUUCACUCGGUCAGCUGACCUAAUGGCACACGAGCGAGUUCACACUAGGGAGCAGCCGUUCACCUGCUCGGACUGUGGAAAGGGAUUCACUAAGUCAUCCACCCUACAGAGUCAUCAGCGAGUUCACACUGGAGACAGGCCGUUCACCUGCUCAGACUGUGGGAAGGGAUUCACUCAGUCAUCCGGACUAUUGGUACACCGGCGAGUUCACACUGGGGAGAGACCGUUCACCUGCUCGGACUGUAGGAAGGGAUUCAUUCAGUCAUCCGGACUAUUGGUACCCCAGCGUGUUCACACUGGGGAGAAGCCGUUCACCUGCUCAGUCUGUAGGAAAGGAUUCACUCAAGUCAUCCACCCUACAGAGACACCACAAGGAACUCCUCUGUUUCUCGGAAGAGGUCUCCAACUCUCAGUCAGGUGCUCGAUGCUUCCCUGUCACCAUCUCGUCUGCUCAGAUCAUUGGGAUGUCUCCCAUGGAGGGUCAUACUCAUUCCACUGGUUAAUGUUUUCUUCCAUAGUGAUGAUUCAUUUUUCUGAGUUGUCCUCUCAUUGAAGUUUUCUGGUCUGUAUUUCUUAUCACGAUUGCAUAUACACACAUGGAGUGCUGAAUCCUGUUCAUUUUUGAUGAAAAUAUAUACUUACUGUUGUGUGAUUUUUUUUCAUGUGUGUUAUUCCCCUUCCUCCUCCUGUCCAAGGUAGUGUUAAUCUAAGUGAGUCUGAGUGUAAAUAGUCUUUUCUAAAGCUGUCAUUUCAGGUCUUUAUCUUUGUUAAUUUUCCUGAUUGAAAUGGGACCAAGAUAUAUUUUAUAUAAAAAAAAGUCAAUGUUGAUAUUGAUGAAAGUGUUCAUUACCUUUGUUGUAUUUGUUAACUGUUGAGCUCUGUUUGGCAGGUUAUUUUUACGCCUUGAACUAAAUUUUGUCAAAGGUUUUCCCUAUUUAGAUAUGCGGGUAUCAAUAGUCCCGAUGAAGGGUCUUGGCCCGAAAUGUUGAUUCCCAUCCAUAGAUGUUGCCUGACAUGCUGAGCUCCUCCAGCACUUUGUGUGUAGUUCUCUCAAUUUCUCGCAUCUGCAGGUCCUCUUGUUUCCCAGAUACUUACAUCUUUCUUGAAAGAGUAAGCCAAGAACAAGCUGGUAGUGGGGUUGUGUGGCUUUGUUAGUAAAAUAUUAAACAAGAUCAUUAGAAAGAGGUGGCAUAAAGUUGGAAGGUGCAGAAUCUGUGGGUAGAAUUAAGGAACAGCAAAUGUAAAAAAAAUCCCUGAUGGGAAUUGUACAGAGGCCUCCAAACAGUAGUGAGUAUGUGGUCCACAAAUUACAAUGGGAGAUAGAAAAUGCGUGCCAAAAGGGCAAUGUUACAAUAGUCAUGGGGGAUUGUCAUGCAGGUGAUUAGGAAAAUUAGGACGGUGUUGGUCUCAAGAGGAGGAAUUCCUAGAAUUCCUACAAGAUGCUUUUUUAGAGCAGCUCGUGGUUGAGACCACUUGGGGAUCAGCUAUUCUGGAUUGGGUGUUGUAAUGAACCAGAAUUAAUUAGGUCACUUAAGUUCAAAGAACCCUUAGGGGCAGUGAUCAUUAUAUGAUCAAAUUCACCCUGACAUUAGAGAAGGAGAAGCUAAAGUCAGAUGUGGAAUAAAGACAAUUAGAGAGGCAUGAGAGAAAAAUUGGUCAAAAUUGAUUUGAAAAGAACACGGAUGAAAACAAAGCAGUAAUGGCUGGAAUUUCUGGAAGCAAUUCGAAAGGCCCAGGAUAUAUAAAUCACAAAGAGGAAGUAGUAUUCUGAAGGUAAGGUGACAAAACCGUGGCUGAUAAGAGAAAUCAAAGACAACAUAAAAACCAAACACAGGGCAUAGUACAAAAAUUACUAGGAAGUUAGAGGAUUGGGAAGCUUUUAAAAACCAACAGAAUGAAACUAAAGUAAUUAAGAAAGAAAAGAUGGUGAGCUAGCCAGUAAUAUUAAAGAGAGCGCCGUUUUUUUCUUCAGGUACAUAGAGUGUAAAAGAGAGGCGGAAGUGGAUAUCAAACCACUGGGAAAUGAUGCUGGAGAGGUAGUAAUGGGGUGGGGGUGCAAGGUGAUGGCAGAUGAACUGAAUAAGUAUUGUAAAUCACUCUUAUCUGUCGAAGACUCUGGCAGGAAUAUGGAAGUCCCAGAUGUCAGUGGUCAGAAUGUGUAAAGUUAUGUUACUCGGGAGAAGGUUCUUGGGAAACAGAUAUGGUCUGAAGGUAAAUAGGUCACCUGGACCAGAUGGUGUUCACCCCAGAGAUCUGAAAGAGGUGGCUGAAGGGAUGUGGAGGUGUCAGCAAUUAUCACCCCGACUAUCCGAA